GACCGUCCGCUUCACCAUGACCCAAAAACCAAACAUCUCCGGCUUCGACAUCCGGAAACUCCAGGCUGCAACCGGCCGGCCUCCAUAUGAUCCAUGGAGAAGAGUAGAGGCAUGGCGUUAUACCGGUCCCUUUACCCGAGCAAACCGCCUGAAGGGCUCAUUUCCAGGCCUCUACGUCGGCACUGGUGCAUUCCUCAUCUACCUAGCCUAUGAACAACUGUUCCUUAAGAAGGAUGGUCAUGGCCAUGGGAGUCAUAGAAGCGAGCAUUAGAAGCAUGGAUCCGAGCAAUGCAUUCAUGUGGGAACGGCGUUGGUUGGCGUUCAGCAAUCCAGACGGUCAUUUUCUGGAUUGGAUCGAUGUGUUUUAUAGCAGAAUAAGCAGCAUUGUAUAUAUGAACCGCAGAAAAGCUACCAUCUCUUGAUAUAAAAUUCACUGCUCAUGACUUG